AUGCCUCUGAUGUAUUCUUGGAAAGCAUCCGUGGGUUCCUCUGACACAGAGCUGGAUCUGGCAGGUCCCGGCGGAGGGACUCUGCUGCUGAUUUCACUGCAGUUAGUCCUGAUCAUCUCUGCGCAGAGGGGCCCAGUUGGUCAAAGAGGGCCACCUGGACCUCCAGGGCCUGCUGGCUUUCCUGGCGUUGAUGGCAUUGACGGUGACAGGGGACCUGGCCCUGGCCCAGAUGGCCCCCCAGGCCUUGACGAAGACAAUGGCAAGGAUGGAUUAAAUGGCCUUCCAGGAAAACCAGGAGCGGAUGGUUUGACUGGGCCCCGUGGUGAACCUGGCCCUGUUGGCCCUCCUGGACAAAAAGGCGAACCUGGUGAGCCAGGAUCAAGGGGAGCCCCUGGUGUUGGAGAGGAUGGUGAAGCUGGUGCUGAUGGGGAAGAUGGAUUACCUGGAGAGCUGGGCAAAGUUGGACCUCCUGGAAGCCGUGGACCUAGAGGUCCUGCUGGUGCGCCAGGAUUGGGAGGGCCCAGAGGCCCUCCUGGAGUCUGGGAUGGUAAGGAGCUGUGUCCAAAUGCCUGUACUUCUGGCCUGACUGGUUACUCAGGUCUUCCAGGCAUGAAGGGCCACAAAGGAGUCAAAGGUGAAUCAGGUGAACCAGGAAGACAAGGACAUAAGGGUGAAGAAGGAGACCAGGGAGCACCUGGAGAGUCAGGAGCACAAGGAACUCCUGGUCCACAUGGUCUCCGAGGAAUCACAGGGAUGAUGGGCCCUAAAGGGGACAGGGGAGCUCGUGGGAAUGUUGGCGACCUGGGCUCUCAGGGGAUUCAGGGCGCUCCUGGUGAUCGGGGUCAGAGAGGAAAAGUAGGCGAGACUGGACCAAAAGGAGCUCAGGGACCUCGUGGGUUGCAGGGACUUACGGGUUUACCUGGACCAAAAGGAGAGACUGGUUUGCCUGGGGUGGAUGCUCGAGACGGUAUUCCAGGACUGCCUGGAGUGAAGGGUCUUCCUGGGAAAGUUGGCUCUCCCGGUGAGGCUGGACUUCAGGGAUUUCCAGGUUUGCCAGGAAUUCCAGGAGCUAAAGGCCACAUGGGUGCAAAAGGAAAUACUGGUGGUCCAGGUGUGGCAGGUCUGAUUGGAAAUAAUGGAAAAACAGGUGAACGUGGCGAGCAGGGAGAGGUGGGACCAGUCGGACCAAGAGGUGGGCCAGGGGAGAGAGGAGUGAGGGGUCCUGAUGGGUCUGCAGGCAUUCCAGGUGCAAGGGGGGCUAAAGGAGAUCCGGGCCUUCCUGGUCUUCCAGGGCCUGCUGGCUUCAUUGGGCAAAAAGGCGACAGGGGCGCUGUUGGUCUCACUGGUCCAAAAGGAGAGCAAGGGCCACCUGGUGAAGAGGGAACACCUGGAGAAAAAGGAGAUGUUGGUGAUGAGGGAGAACCAAGUGAGAAAGGAUCGACAGGAAAACCCGGAGAGCCAGGAAAUAAAGGGCCAGAGGGUGGGCGUGGCCAACAUGGACCAGAUGGCCUAGCAGGGGAGCCUGGCCCAAGAGGCAUGCAAGGAGACAGAGGGGUACCUGGACUGCCUGGGGCACAGGGACGAGCAGGCCGAAAACCAACAGAUGAACACAUCAAGCAGGUCUGCAUGAGAGUUUUGCAUGGACAGCUUGCCCAGUUGGCAGCCAGUCUGACAAGGCCGGAGUCAGGCAUCACUGGGUUGCCAGGCCCUCCUGGUCCCCCUGGCCCUCCAGGACCCGCUGGAGACAAUGGCUUCAAUGGGCAUCCUGGAAGCAGAGGACUGCCAGGUCUCAAAGGGCCCCCAGGGCUCAUGGGGAGGAAAGGGCCCAAAGGUGACCAAGGUGACAGGGGAGAUAGAGGGCCCACAGUGGUGGGAUCUAAAGGUAUACCGGGACCACCAGGGCUCCCAGGUGAACCUGGGAAACCAUCAUAUGGCAGUAAUGGGCGUGAUGGUCUGAGAGGACCAGCAGGUGUCCCUGGAAUGCCAGGUGUGCCUGGGCCACCUGGUCCCACUGGACCUAACGGAUACUGCGAGUCAUCUCAGUGCAUACUUCAAGAAGUUGCAGGUCCGAUGUCCAUCAAAGAGUCCAACAUGAAGGGACCAGAAGGUCUAUGAGCUGACGACCAUCAGCGAGCCACACUUCAGAGCCCAGCAUCUCUGGACAGGGAAACUUGAGAGACUAAUGGAGUGACUCCCUCUACGAGGAGAUAUCCGUGUUGAUGGUAUAAUCAGGUGUGAUUGUACUUUCAAAUACUAGUGUGAAGCUGGAUCAAUUCAUGUUGGGAUUCCCAGUUUCAUUCAGUCCCUUUUAACAAAGAUUAUUUUUAGGACAUACUUUUGUAUAGUUCUAAUAUUUCUUUUAAGAAUCAAAAUAAACCUAAAUUGCCCGAUAAAAUGCAAUUAUAGCUUGCAAAUAAUAACAUUCUCCAAUUCAAUUUCAUUUGAAUACACUUUAUAUUCUUUAGGUCCAGGAUGCAUACAGUAUGCAAAAUCAUGCCGUCAUGAACUGGUCACUUAACAGAUUAAAGGCCGUUAACAGGACUUUAAAUCAGUUUAAAUCAGAAGGGGUCCUAAACUUUGUACAUUUGUCAAUAUUGCAUUGAUUAAAAAAAUAAUUUGCAAGCAUUUUAUUAAAUCAUUUUCAGGUUGUUUUUAACCUUAGACAUUCUCAGAUUUUGUGAAAAUGUAUGUGGUUCUUUGCAGUGAGGAAGAGGUCUUGAUGUUUAAUCUAUUUAGGAAUUUUCUAAAUUAUUUAUUGUAGGAAGGAUUGAUGUGACACUAA